AUGACAACUGACUAUAGGGAUCCUUUAGUAGAUUUGCUAAACAGUAAUGUUGAUUCUCCUCAAAAUUCAAACUCGACCGAUGAUGUUGAGGUUAUAAAUCGUCCUUUUAACAAUGGGAACGCUAACCAUCAUGUACUCCAACAACAUGUCCAACCAUCACCAAGUAUUCAAAAUCCGUCCUUAACACCACUUUUGAACCACCAGGUAUAUUAUAGUAAUAACUUUGAUUUUGAUACCCCCAACGACAUUGACUCGUACGAUAAAAUUCAAGAAUUGGACCAGUCGCCGCAACAGCAGUCAAGAGGGGAGAAAGCCGCAAGAGAAACAUCCUAUCCUCCAUUUUUUGCCUCUAGCGAGUCACGGGAGAAUACGACCCACGAGGAUUUACUUGCGACAGAUUUGCAGCUAUUCAACAAACACAAUAACUUACAACCAUUCUACAAGGAUAGUACACUUCCGCCUUUACCGCCCUUAUCUGAAUCUGUAUUACCACACAAUGUAACCUUCAAACCCUUGGACUUAUCUCAGGAGGCAAGGCAUGGAAUUGAUAGCCAACAUCAACAAUCGCAGUUACAAGGACUACAACCGCAAUUAAAGCGUAGAAAGGAAAACACGGGACCCAAGACAAGACCCGCUUUUGUGAUGAAAAUUUGGUCAAUGGUCAAUGAUGAAGCUAAUAAGGAAUACAUCAGAUGGAACGAUGAUGGUAAGACGUUUCAGGUGUUUCAUCGCGAGGAUUUUAUGAAAAACAUCUUGCCCAAAUAUUUCAAACAUAACAACUUCGCUAGUUUUGUUAGACAGUUGAACAUGUACGGAUGGCAUAAAGUGCAGGAUAUUGGAAAUGGCACGAUGCACCAAAGUUGUGAUAAGAGUGGUGCAGACGAAAUUUGGCAAUUUGAAAAUGCCAAUUUCAUCAGGGAUCGGGAAGAUUUAUUAGAUAACAUUGUGAGGAACAAAAGUAGCAAUGGCCAAAAUGAAAUUCAAUUGACUGAAAACCCAAAUGCCAAUGCUAACUUAUCCUUGAUAUUGUCUGAGUUGGAAACGAUCAAGAUGAACCAAUAUGCGAUCACUGAAGAUUUGAGAAGGGUAAGGCGCGAUAAUAAAACCUUGUGGCAUGAGAAUUAUAUCAAUCGAGAAAGAACUAAAUCACAAGAGCGCACUAUUGACAAGAUUUUGAAGUUUCUUGCUGCAGCUUAUGGCAAUGGUGGAAAUAAAUUGUUGGAUAUAAAUAAUAUCAAUCUACCACUAACACAGUAUAAUCAAGCGUCAAGAGGGUCGCCUAUGCUUGCUCGAGCGCAACCACAACACUCACAAGAAAACAAAGAAGAUGGAACAACAAAUAUGCGCGCUUGCUCUCCAAGAGCGCAGUUGGAAGAUUAUUUUCAACAGCAGCAACAACAAGCACAACAACAGCAGCAACAACAACAGCAACAACAACAACAACAGCAACAGCAACAACAGCAACAACAGCAACAACAGCAGCAACAGCAACAACAACAGCAGCAGCAACAGCAACAGCAGCCGCAGCAAUACGUACAAGUGGAUUAUCAAUCACCAUCAACGUCUUCUGAGAGGCUGUUUCAAACUCAGACUCGUUUCAAGCCAAGAUUACUUAUAGCCAAUCAAGCACAUAGACCAUCCAAUUCGCGAACCCAAUCAUCGCCUGGAAUGAUUGAGGAAAUCAUUAAAUCGCAUGACCAUUCCAAGUUACCCGAAACUAAUGUCAAAAAGAUGUAUCAACAAUUGGUGAGCCAGGAUCCGAUAUCUUCGCCGUCUCAUUUUUUCCCUGAAUUAGCUGUUUCAAAUAUAGCAAAUAACUACGAUAGUUUAGAAGCGCGUCUGAAAACUUCGGGCCAGUCGAUUGAGCAAGUUGAGGAUUGGAUAGAAAAACUUAGUCAGCAGCAAAAUAUAAUAGCCAAUGGACAAGGCAAUACCCAGAAUGAGGAAGCAGAAGCGGAAGCGGAAACAGAAACACUGGAGCAGCAGUUUAAUAUUGAUGAUUAUUUGCAGAAUAACAGUCCAGCUGCCAGUAACACUUUUACUCCCACUGUUCGUCAUGCGCAAAUCAAUGCUAGUGGUGCAAAUAUUCUGCCAACCUCCCCGUCUACAGGUAAGAAAAGAACUAUACACGAAAUUUACGACGAAAAUGAUCAAUAA